AUGGAGAAUUCAAAAUCGAUAGAUACUGUGACAGCUAAAAAGGUAAGAAAUCAUAUACCUGGUGAUCUUACAAUAUCCAUUAUAUCGAAAUUGCCUCUUAAAUCUUUGGUGAGAUUUAGGUGUAUACAAAAAUCAUGGUCUGUCUUAUUUGAAAACCCUCAUUUUAUGAACAUGUAUCGUGUCAAUUUUGUGUCAAAUAAUAAUUUUUCUUAUGAUAAUGAUUCAUGUCUCACCUUAGAGUCUGAAUUUUCAUAUUAUGGAUUUCGUGGCACCUUAUUUUCUUGUCAUGGUGAGAAAUUUGAAAAUAAGGUCAAAUUAGACUGGCCACCUUUAUUUCAAGAGGGAAAUGAAUGUAUUAACAUUCUGGGUUCUCUUGUUGAUGAAACACUUUGCCUAUACACUGGUAUUCUAUUUCCAAAAACUGUAUUUUGGAACCUAUCUACUAAGGAAUUCAAAAUUCUCCCUCCUAGUCCUAUUGAGCGUCAGCCAUCUCAUUACAAAUUUGUCUCCUCACAUAUGGGAUUUGGUUAUGACUAUGUUAGAAAAGAUCAUAAAGUGAUUCGGAAUGCAACAAAAUGGAUUCAAUAUGACAUGGAAAAUAGUGAAACAAAUGAAUCCAUAUGGGAAGUGUAUAGCCUAAGAAAAAACUUUUGGAGGAAACUUGAUGUUCAUAUUCCUCUAGGUUCUGUUACUUUGGGUGAUACAAUGUACACAAAUGGAGUGUGUCAUUGGUGGGAUAGAGAUGAAGAUUGUUUGGUCUCGUUUGACUUGAGUAGUGAGGUGUUCUACAAAACACCUUUACCAUUACAUUUGGAUGGUUAUCUCUAUUGUGAAUCUAAGGAUAAACGAUUUAUAGCCCUAAAUGGGUUCAUUGCUUUUAUUACAACAGACACUACAAAUUAUGGAAAUACAACAUCUACUAUUCACAUAUCAAUUUUAGGUGAAUAUGGUAUGAAGGAAUCAUGGACUAAACUCUUCAUUGUUGAGUCAUUACCUAGUUAUGUUGAUCAUCCUAUUGGAGCAGGAAACAAAGGUGAUAUAUUUUUUAAAACAAAAUACAAAGAACUAGUUCAGUUUGAUUUGAAUACCCAUAAGAUAGAGAAGCUUCCUGUUAAAGGUAUUUUACAUACUUCUCAGAUACUUCUUUAUAAGAAAAUUUCUCUUUUUAUCCAAGACUAA